CGAAACGCACGUCUUUUCCAAAGCUCUUGUGAUCUUCAUAUCGUACGCUCCUUUGCCUCUUCCCUGCUCCAGUCCCUUUUCUCCCUGCUCUUGUGCUUGAAUUUCCGAAACAGUCAAAAGUUCGACGGUUGCCAAGUUGGCCAUGGCGGAAACCCACAUUCCGAUUGAAGAGCUGGUCCUCGUCUCGACGCCUGUUGACGGUGUCAAGGUACUGGCGCUCAAUCGUCCCACAAAGCGCCAUGCGCUGUCAGGUGCCUUGAUCAGCGAGUUUCUUCAGAAGCUGGCCGCUGCAGCCCUGGACCCUCAGGUCGGCGCAAUUAUCAUCACUGGCAGCCAAGCAUGCUUCUCAGCUGGCGCUGAUAUCAAAGAGAUCUCGGCAAUGGACGCAGAAGCUGCCAGACACUGCCGGUAUCUGCAAGAUUUGUGUGCCGGCAUGGCAGCGGUCAGGAAACCAGUGAUUGCGGCACUUGAGGGGAUGGCACUCGGAGGAGGGCUCGAACUCGCGUUGAUGUGCGACUUGAUUUAUGCUGGGCAGCACUGCCGGCUGGGCCUCCCCGAGGUUACAAUUGGCCUCAUCCCUGGGGCUGGAGGCACACAACGUCUAACUCAGGCCCUUGGCAAAUAUCGCGCAAUGCAGAUGGUUUUGCUGGGUACUCCCAUUUUGGCAAACGAGGCGCUCGCAACCGGUUUGAUUGCCGAGGUCUUUGAAGACGGCAGUGUCCUCGCGAAUGUGAUACCCAUUGCUUCGAAACUUGCUCAAGCCAGCGCAUCAGCUCUUUCUCUAGCCAAGGAAGCUAUCUGCCGCGCGGACGAGCGGGGGCGUGACGAUGAGUUUGAGAGAAGCCUAUACUAUUUUGCAUUUGGUACGGCGGGCAAGCGAGAAGGUGUCGCGGCUUUCCUUGAGAAGCGGAAGCCCCAGUGGAGUUCCACGUGAAAACCGCGAUGCUCUUUGCACGCUAUCAUGUUUCCUGUCGCAUGGCACUGCGACAUGGCGCUGUAGUGCAACCAUGUGCUGUAGAUUUUGAAUGUGAGACGGUUGCGUCAUACCCAAUGUAGUUGAAUUCCUUGGAAGUGAUCCCUUGCC